CGUAAACACGAAGAGAGCUGCAAAAGUUUGUGUGCAACUUUCAUGCUGGGUGGCAAUGUCUAUCAACACUUCACAAGGGUCUUCACCAUUAUCUCAGCCCUCCCGAUUAAAUGGUGCAGUAAGCAGGGAACCCAUGGAGUGGACACCUGACCUCAGCAAGUUAAAAGAGAGAUUAAUUUCAGUGGCUCCCAUGCAGAUGAUGCCAAACCCUCAAGCACUUGUGUUUACCCAUAAUACAAAGGCGCAACAGAAAACAAGAAAGCGACAGCAGUCUGUUAAGUUGGAACCUUUGCCUGUAUUAAAAGCAUAUCAGGAUCAGCACCAACCUGAAUACAUGUACCAGAAGAACCGUGAGGAUUUAAUAAGUCGAGGUGUGCUUCUUCGUUCCACUUCAGUGGAGAAAGAUCAGAGAGCUGGGUCCGUGGAACCUGUCGCAUUCCCUUCGAGGUUACCUUCUCUUCCAGAUGACUUAAAAGAGAAACAGUUGCAACUGGAUUACAGUAGAACCAUAUCCCCUACUCCUCCUAAACAGCCACGGACAACUGUAACAAGAACAAGCUCACGCCAGAAGCUUUCCUCCCCACCGUCGCUAACAGUUGACACAGCAGAAGAUGUAAUUAAGGCUAACAUCAAAGAUCCCUUGCAUAUCAUCAAAAUACUACAGCAGAAUAAGAAAGUUGGAUUUCUUUACAUGACCCCUGCUGUCCAGAAAUCAUCAAUUCAAUAUGAUCCAUAUAAUCUGAGAAUUGUGAACCAUAAAAAUAUCAACAAAAAUGACUACUACACUAUAAGUGAAAGGGGAGUCACCCACAUGUGUGAUGGAGAAGUCUUAUUCCUGGACAUGGAGCGCUGGAAGCAGGAGUAUCUUUACCACAAGGCAUUAAAACAAAUACCUACUUUUGCGCUAUUCCGUAAGUGGAAGGCCUUUAACGUAUGGAGAAAGAAUGUCCGCGCCAAGAGAAUCAGCGAAUGUCGCAAAGCUCUGCAGGAGAAUCUGUUUAUUGUUAAUUCUUUUUUACGUCCUGCCAUCCUUAACAUUCAGGAAAUGUGUUACCGCAUCAGUGACAUGAGCCUUUGCCGCAUUGAAAAAGGAUACACAUAUACUUUGAGUGAAUUCAUAGACAAACAGAUAAAGCAAAUGGAAGAGGUAGCAAACCGCUUGUCAGAGUUCAGAGAUCUGGCUAAAGAAGUUGUUAGAAGUGCCUGUCGAACAGCUUUACUAGAAGCAGGAUUCACACCUGAUGACUACUCGUAUGAUUCGGAAGGUAUAAGCACAACAACUGGUCAAUCGGGUCCUGAUACACUUGGUCUUCCUCAUUUUGAUGGAGAUCUUUUUGGAGAAUCAUCCGACAAAAUGACUUACACGGAACAGGCCAACAAGAGAUCUCACUGCACGAGGCUCACGUGCUUUAUUCGUUUAGCUGACUACCUUAUAGUCAACACCAUGCACAUCCUCACAGUGAAUUCCAUCGCCACUUUAUUAGCCUGUUUGGUGGAUAAAGUGAAAUGCACCCCAUCUGUUGCGGUUAUACACACUUGGAAUGCUGAACAAAAACACGACGCAACAGGCCAAAAGGCAGCAGUAGAAUCCCCACUGCCUGCUCCUAUAUCAAGCGGGCCUACUGAAGAAGAACAGACGCCAAUGUUUCUCUCGGAAAUCGCAAUUGAUACACAGUCACUUUGGUUUGAGCCAUGCGUGGAUGAUUUUCAGGAUUCUGUUGCAGAGGUGGUUAGUCAGUUUCAGGGGACGGUGUUGUCAUUGGCUAACUUAGUGCCAGAUUCAUACUUUGAUGCUUUUACACGACCUACUAUCAAUAAUAAGCUGGAGGAAAAGACUUGUGGAGAUGGCCCAAGCCUAAGCACAAUGUUUGAAGACGACAAGCACUUACAAUCGAUCGUUUUUCAAAUAAAGGAAACUAUACAAUCCGCAUUUGAUGCAGCUAAUGUAUAUGGAGACACAUUUGAGAGGUUUUGUACAUUUUUCAAAGAGAAUGAAAGCCUAGAUUUGGAUGCACUGAAGCAAGAAGAAUAUGGAGUUGAUUUUUUUUCGGAACGCCUAGAUAAAUACUAUAAAGAACACAAGGAUGCUCUGGCUAUAACACAGAAAAGAAAUUUGGGAUUAUUACUUAUUGAUGCCAAGAAACUAAAGGAAACAUUAAUCCCAUCACCAAAACGAUGCUUAGAGGCUAUACACGAUAUACUUCCCGGUCUUGCCAAGAAGAAAAUGGAUGCUAUUAUAGCAGAGGCCCAGGAUGCACAAUUCAGACUCGAGUUUUAUCCUACUACUACAUUAGAUUAUGUAAACACGUUAAUAUUUCUGGACGAAAUACAAGAAAGAAUUAAUACUCUUGAAGAAGAAUCCAAUGUUGUAUCCCAAAUGUACCAGCUCAUUGAAAAGUACCAAAUACCUACGCCUCCCGAAGAUUUUGCUGUAUUUGCCACCCUCAAGCCAUCAAUCAUAGCUGUUCACAAUGCCAUCGACAAGUCUGUAGGCGAGCGAGAUGGCAGCAUAGAAAAAUUCUGCCGUUCUCUAGAUAAAGAUAUAGCAGAGCUAAAUAGAGAAGUAAAGGAAGUGAAGCAGCAAUCUCAGGAUCCGCAGAUACUGGAUAUUACAGCUGAUCAAACGAAAGUAAAGCAGAUAUUAGCAGAUUUGCAGGCUAUUCUUGAAGAGUUACAGAAACGGGCGUUUCAGUACAAAACGUACCAAAAGAAUUUCAAGGUCGAAGUGACAAAAUUUGAUGCUUUGGAAGAAAUCAGUGCAGAAAUAAAACUGAAGCAUCUUCUCUGGGAUUCACUUUCAGAAUGGGAUGUUCUCCAGACCGGAUGGAUGAAGUUCAAGUUUGAAGAUCUGGACCCAGAACAGCUCAAUUCAUUAGUCCUUAAAUAUGCUAAGUUUGUAAGUCAGUUGGAGAAAGGACUGCCGCCAAACAAUGUAGUGCCACAACUCAAAGAAAAGGUGGAAAAGAUGAAAGAAAAGGUUCCAGUGAUCACAGAUCUAAGAAAUCCAUUUUUGAAACCAAGGCAUUGGGCUUCUUUGGAACAGAUUAUAAAUACAUCCCUGACAGACCCUGGAGAACCCCUUUCUCUGGAAAAGCUUAUUGAAAUCUGUGCAUUUGACUAUGCCCAAGAUAUACAGGAUAUAUCAGGACAGGCCUCUGGAGAAGCUUCAUUAGAGACAAUACUGAAAAAGGUAGAGGAUUCUUGGAAAACCACUGAAUUUGUUACUAUUCCUCAUCGUGAUUCUAAGGAUGUGUUUAUUCUUGGAGGAACAGAUGAUAUUCAGGUUCUACUUGAUGACAGUACCAUAAAUAUAUCGACCAUAGCAUCAUCUCGUUACGUUGGGCCCAUCAAACCUCGUGUUGACGAAUGGCAAAGACAACUGUCUUUGUUUAAUCAGACUCUAGAUGAGUGGCUGACUUGUCAAAGGAACUGGCUCUAUUUAGAAAGCAUCUUCAGUGCUCCAGAUAUUCAAAGGCAGCUCCCAGCAGAAGCUAAGAUGUUUUUACAAGUGGACAAAUCCUGGAAGGAGGUCAUGAGGAAAGUAAACCGUUUACCUAACGCUCUUCGAGCUGCAACUCAGCCAGGUCUUCUGGAGACAUUUCAGAGUAACAAUGCGCUCCUUGAUCAAAUUCAGAAAUGCCUGGAGGCUUACUUAGAAUCAAAGAGGGCUGUCUUUCCAAGAUUUUACUUCCUUUCAAAUGACGAGCUUCUUGAAAUUCUGGCCCAGACGCGCAAUCCUCAGGCAGUUCAGCCUCACUUAAGGAAAUGCUUUGACUCCAUUUCUAAACUGGAGUUUGCGGUAAUGCCAUCACCAGGGGAGCAAGAAGUGGUAUAUACCAAUGACAUCUUAGCAAUGCUGUCCCCAGAAGGAGAGAGGGUUAGCUUGGGCAAAGGACUAAAGGCUAGAGGCAACGUGGAAGACUGGCUUGGCAAAGUAGAAGAAGCAAUGUUCAGUUCUCUGAGACGCCUAAGCAAGGCUGCUAUUGCUGAUUAUCAAAAUAAAAACAGAGUGGACUGGGUUGUCGCUGGACAUCCAUCCCAGGUUGUAUUGACGAUUUCCCAGCUUAUGUGGUGCAGAGAUCUCACUCAUUGUCUAGAGGGCGAAAGAGAGGACAACUUGAAUUCUGUGGCAAAGUUUGAAAAAGUUAACUUUGAGAGACUGAAUGCAUUAGCUGGACUUGUCCGUGGACAGCUUCCUAGCUUGCACAGAAACAUCAUUACUGCUCUAAUAACAAUUGAUGUCCAUGCCAGGGACAUUGUCAGUGACCUCGUAAAGGACCAGGUUAGCAGCAUUGACAGCUUUGAAUGGCAGAGACAACUUCGCUAUUAUUGGGACCUGGAUCUUGACAACUGUGUGGCCCGGAUGGCUUUGUCUCAGUAUACAUACGCAUAUGAGUAUCUUGGAGCAUGUCCUCGGCUGGUGAUAACCCCUCUUACUGAUCGAUGCUACCUAUGCCUCAUGGGUGCCUUGCAAUUAGAUCUCGGUGGAGCCCCAGCUGGCCCUGCAGGCACUGGGAAAACAGAAACCACAAAAGACCUUGCCAAGGCCCUCGCUAUCCAGUGUGUAGUGUUCAAUUGCUCAGAUGGACUGGAUUACAAGAUGAUGGGACGUUUCUUUAGUGGUUUGGCCCAGUCCGGUGCCUGGUGUUGUUUUGAUGAAUUUAACCGAAUUGAUAUUGAAGUUCUCUCAGUUAUUGCUCAGCAACUGAUUACCAUAAGAAAUGCCAAAGCUGCAAAGCUUUCAAGGUUUAUGUUUGAAGGCCGUGAAAUUAAACUGGUCAUGACCUGCGCAGCGUUUAUCACCAUGAAUCCUGGUUAUGCUGGAAGGACCGAAUUACCAGACAACCUGAAGGCUCUCUUCCGACCGUUUUCAAUGAUGGUGCCAAACUAUGCCCUGAUUGCAGAAGUGAUUCUGUAUUCAGAAGGUUUUGAAUCAAGUAAAGUCCUUGCCCGGAAGAUGACACAGAUGUACAAACUGUGCAGCGAGCAGCUUUCACAACAGGAUCAUUAUGAUUUUGGCAUGAGGGCUGUGAAAUCCGUCUUAGUCAUGGCUGGGUCACUGAAGAGAGAGAAUCCUGAUUUAAAUGAAGACGUGGUUCUGAUUCGUGCCUUACGUGACUCAAAUUUGCCAAAGUUCUUAGCAGAUGAUGCUGAACUAUUUAGCGGCAUCAUAUCUGACCUUUUCCCAGGAGUAGUAAUCCCUGAACAUGACUAUGGAACCCUGAAGUCAACUAUCAUUGAUACAAUGUUGGCACGAGGUUUGCAACCUGUACCCAGUAUGGUGCAUAAAGUGAUACAAUUUUUUGAAACAAUGAUUGUGAGACACGGUGUCAUGCUGGUCGGACCGACUGGUGGUGGAAAGACAACAGUUUACCAAAUUCUAGCAGAGGCACUUGGAACUUUAUUUGAAGCAGGGGAAACCCAUCAUUUUUACCAGCCUGUUAAAACCUACGUACUUAACCCUAAGUCCAUUACAAUGGGGGAAUUAUAUGGAGAAGUAAACAGUUUAACAUUUGAGUGGAAAGAUGGCUUGAUGGCCCUUAGUGUCCGGGCAGCUGUUAACGAUACCUCAAAAGACCAUAAAUGGAUCAUCUGUGAUGGACCAGUGGAUGCUCUCUGGAUUGAAAAUAUGAAUACAGUCUUGGAUGAUAAUAAGAUGCUGUGUCUGGCAAACAGCGAGCGGAUCAAGUUCACACCACAAAUCCACAUGGUGUUUGAGGUCCAAGAUCUAAAGGUAGCAUCGCCUGCCACUGUAAGCCGUUGUGGAAUGGUUUAUAUUGAUUCUGAGGAACUGAAAUGGAUGCCGUAUGUCCAAACGUGGAUAGCUGGUCUUUCAACUAAAAUGAAUGUUGAAGCCAAGCAAUACAUACUAGAUUUGUUUGAACGCUAUGUUGAAGACGGACUUAGGUUUGUUGUGAAAAAGUGUACACAAGCGAUCUCCCAGGUGGAUAUCAGUAAAGUGACGACACUGUGCUGUUUAUUGGAAUCACUGCUGCUCGGAAAAGGAGGACCUGAUUUAAAAAUGGAUCAAUCAAGAUUGAACAGCGUCAUUUGUCAGACAUUUGUUUUCUGUUAUGUCUGGUCAGUUGGUGGAAAUCUGACCGAAAACCACUGGGAUGCUUUUGAUACAUUUGUCAGGCAACAGUUUGAAGACAACACUGAUGCCAAGCUUCCGGCCUCUGGAGACCUAUGGAGUGUGUAUAUGGAUUUUGACAACAAACGCUUGGAUCCUUGGGAACGAAUCAUCCCGUCUUUCAAGUACAACAGCAGUGUGCCUUUUUUUGAAAUGCUUGUUCCGACAACUGAUACUGUGCGUUAUGGCUACCUGAUGGAAAAACUGCUGGCUGUCAGGCACUCCGUGCUGUUUACUGGAACCACAGGUGUUGGCAAGUCUGAAGUUGCUCGAGGAUUACUCAAUAGAAUACAAGAAGAAGCUGGCUAUGUUCCUGUCUACAUAAACUUCUCUGCUCAGACAUCCUCUGCACGGACGCAAGAAAUAAUUGAGUCUAAGUUGGAAAAGAAAAGGAAAACCAUCUUAGGGGCUCCUGGUAACAAAAGAGUUGUCAUUUUUGUUGACGAUCUAAAUAUGCCAAAAUUAGAUCGUUAUGGUUCCCAGCCCCCCAUUGAACUACUCCGCCAGUAUCAAGAUUUCAAAGGCUUUUAUGACAGAGAAAAACUAUUUUGGAAAGAAAUACAGGAUGUUACCAUUGCAGCUGCAUGUGCUCCUCCAGGUGGGGGCCGUAAUCCAGUAACUCCUCGCUUUAUAAGACACUUCAGCAUGUUGUGCCUGCCAACACCCUCAGAGCACAGCCUUAAACAGAUUUUUCAGGCUAUCUUAAAUGGAUUUCUGACAGAUUUCACUGCGGCAGUGAGACAAAGCGCCACCAAUAUAGUGGAAGCUGCGGUGGAAAUCUACCACAGGAUGAGCAUUGAUCUUCUCCCAACUCCAGCAAAAUCCCAUUACGUGUUUAAUUUGCGUGACUUGUCAAAGUGUGUUCAAGGUAUCCUCCAGUGUGAUCCAGGAUCUGUGCGAGAUCAAACACAGAUCUUCAGACUCUUUUGUCACGAGUGUCAGAGAGUUUUUCAUGACCGUCUCAUCAACAGGGAAGACAAGCAGUAUUUCCAUUCAAUGUUAUCGGAAAUGGCCAGUAAACAUUUCGCUGUACAGAUUGACCCGGAUUACUUUGUUACUAAACCAAUUAUUUUUGGAGAUUUCAUGAAGGUUGGAACUGACAAAUCGGAACGGGUCUAUGAAGAUUUGACUGAUAUGGAAAAAUUAAGAUCAGUUUUACAAGAUUACCUUGAGGACUACAAUUUGACCAACGCCAAAGAUGUAAAGCUGGUGUUUUUUCAGGAUGCGGUGGAACAUGUUUCCAGGAUUGCCAGAAUGAUCCGUCAGGAGAGAGGAAAUGCUCUCCUAGUUGGUGUUGGUGGAACAGGGAAACAGUCCUUGACUCGGCUAGCAGCCCAUAUAUGUGGCUAUAAAUGUUUCCAGAUAGAGCUGAGUCGUGGCUACAAUUACGACACCUUUCACGAGGAUUUAAGAAAACUCUACAAAAUGGCUGGUGUGGAAAAUAAGGAUAUGGUGUUUCUCUUUACUGACACUCAGAUUGUUGUUGAAGAGUUUCUGGAAGACAUCAACAACAUGUUAAAUUCUGGUGAGGUACCUAACCUGUUUGAGAAGGAUGAACUUGAGUAUGUAUUGGCAGCAACACGGCCAAAAGCCAAAGAGGCUGGGAUACCAGAAGGAAACAGAGAUGAGGUGUUUCAGUAUUUUAUUAGCCAAGUGCGCCAGAGGUUGCACAUCGUACUGUGUAUGAGUCCAGUAGGAGAAGCCUUUAGAGCAAGAUGCCGCAUGUUUCCGUCAUUAGUGAACUGCUGCACUAUUGACUGGUUUGUGCAGUGGCCCAGGGAAGCUCUGCUCUCUGUAUCCCAAACAUUUUUCACCAACAUCGACCUUGGUAAUGAAGAGAUGAAGGAGAAAUUUUCAGAAAUGUGUGUGGAGAUACAUAUGAGCGUCACUGAAAUGGCUGAACGGUAUUACGCAGAGCUAAGAAGGCGAUACUACACAACGCCCACCUCAUACUUAGAGUUAAUUAACCUGUACUUGUCCAUGCUGGGGGAUAAAAGAAAGCAACUUGUUUCGGCUCGUGACCGUGUGAAGAAUGGGCUUACCAAACUCUCUGAGACAAAUGUAGUCGUGGACAAAAUGAAGAUAGAGCUCUCAGCUUUAGAGCCAGUCCUCAAACAGAAGUCAAUCGAUGUGGAUGCCUUAAUGGAAAAAUUAUCCGUCGACCAAGAAAAUGCUGACCAAGUGCGGCGCAUUGUAAAAGAAGAUGAGGCAAUUGCCAAAGUGAAAGCAGAGGAGACACAGGCAAUUGCCGACGAUGCUCAGAGGGACCUUGAUGAGGCUUUGCCUGCCCUAGAAGCUGCCAAUAAGGCUCUGGACUCACUGGACAAAGCUGACAUAUCUGAAAUUCGAGUUUUUACUAAGCCUCCAGAUCUUGUCAUGACAGUCAUGGAGUCAAUAUGCAUCUUACUCAAUGCAAAACCUGAUUGGCCAACAGCAAAACAGCUACUUGGAGAUUCAAAUUUCCUUAAAAAACUUUUAGAGUACGACAAAGAAAACAUCAAGCCUCAGAUAUUGUUGAAACUGCAGAAGUAUGUCACUAAUCCGGAGUUUGUACCCGAGAAAGUUGAAAAGGUGUCCAAAGCAUGUCGUUCCUUGUGCAUGUGGGCGAGAGCUAUGGAUUUGUAUUCUCGAGUAUUAAAAGAUGUGGAACCAAAGAAACAAAAGCUUGCUGCUGCGCAGAUGGAGCUGGAUGCUACAAUGGCUACCCUGCGACAAAAGCAGAGAAAACUGAAGGACGUGGAAGAACAAAUUAAAGAGCUGCAGGAUCAAUAUGACAAAAGCCUUGGAGAAAAAGAGAGCCUUGCUAAAACUAUGGCGCUUACACAGGCCCGCCUCAACCGCGCUGGGAAACUAACCUCAGCACUAGGGGAUGAGCAGGUCCGCUGGAAGGAGAGCAUUGCCAACUUUGAGGAGGAAAUUUCGAAUGUCAUAGGGAACGUGUUCAUCGCCUCUGCUUGUGUGGCUUACUUUGGUGCAUUUACAGCGGUCUAUAGACAGCAGCUGAUAGACUGUUGGAUCACAAAGUGCCAACAUUUACAGAUUCCUAUCAGUCCUAACUUCAGCUUGAUAAACAUUUUGGGUGAUGCAUAUGAAAUUCGCCAGUGGAAUACAGAUGGCUUGCCGCGAGAUCAUGUCUCAACAGAAAAUGGUAUUUUAGUGACACGAGGCAGACGAUGGCCACUCAUGAUUGAUCCACAAGAUCAGGCAAACCGCUGGAUAAGAAACAAGGAAACCAAAAAUGGCUUGAAGAUCAUUAAGCUUACAGAUGCUGGGUUUCUGCGGACACUAGAGAAUGCUAUAAGGCUUGGUUUGCCUGUUUUAUUAGAAGAGUUAAAGGAAACCCUGGAUCCUGCCCUGGAGCCAAUUCUUUUGAAGCAGACCUUUGUGUCAGGCGGAAGAACGCUGAUUCGCCUCGGAGACUCUGACAUUGAUUAUGACAAGAAUUUUAGGUUCUAUAUGACAACCAAAAUGCCAAAUCCACAUUAUCUUCCUGAGGUAUGCAUUAAAGUCACUGUAAUUAACUUCACCGUGACCAGAUCUGGCCUGGAGGAUCAGCUGCUCAGCGAUGUAGUAAGGAUUGAGAGACCAGAUUUAGAAGAUCAGAGGAACCAACUUAUCACGAGAAUUAACUCAGACAAAAAUCAGCUGAAAGCCAUAGAAGACAGGAUUUUAAAGCUGCUGUUCACAUCAGAAGGAAAUAUUCUGGACAAUGAAGAACUUAUCAAUACACUUCAGGAAUCUAAGAUUACUUCAGGUGCCAUCAAAAAUAGACUGAAAGAAGCUGAAACCACCGAAGAGAAGAUAAAUGCUGCCAGGGAAAAAUAUAGAACUGUAGCAACCCAGGGAUCCGUUAUAUACUUCGUCAUCGCAAGUCUGUCAGAAAUAGAUCCAAUGUAUCAGUAUUCAUUAAAGUAUUUCAAGCAGCUGUUUAACGUGACGAUUGAGGCUGCCGAGAAAAGUAACGAUCUCGACUCUCGUCUGGCAACACUUCUUAAGCAGACUCUUUUUUCAUCUUAUACCAAUGUUUCACGGGGCCUUUUUGAACAACACAAGCUCAUCUAUAGUUUUAUGCUCUGCAUAGAGAUCAUGAGACAAAAAGGAGAAAUCAGUGAAUCGGAAUGGAACUUCUUCCUUCGAGGUGCUGCAGGAUUAGAUAAGGAACGUCCACCUAAACCAGAAGUAUCCUGGCUCUCUGAUGCCCUGUGGCAUAGCUGCUGUGACCUGGAGGAGAUUCUCCCAUCUUUCAAGGGCAUCAGAAAUGAUGUAUUGUCUACACCUAUUGUAAUUCAUCUAGGAAAUCUUGAAAUUCUAGUUAACCCCAGUUCUGGUGAUGGUUAUAAGAAACACACAGAAAAUGAAGCAAUGAGUGUCCUUUGGGAUGAAACGCUUAACCUGUUCCAAAAGUUAAUACUUAUUAAAAGCACAAUGGAAGAAAAGGUUGUAUUUGCUAUGACAGAGUUUGUGAUUAUGAACCUUGGGAAAGAAUUCAUUGAGAACCCUCCAGUUGAUCUGCCUACUCUAUACCAAGAUAUGUCGGUUUCGACCCCUCUGGUUUUUAUUCUGAGCACUGGAUCAGACCCAAUGGGAGCCUUCCAAAGAUUUGCAAAAGAAAAAGGAUACUCUGAAAGGGUACAAUCGAUUUCACUAGGACAAGGACAAGGACCGAUUGCUGAAAAGAUGAUAAAGGAAGCCAUGAAGACUGGAAACUGGGUAUUCCUUCAGAACUGCCAUUUGGCUGUAUCAUGGAUGUUACCUAUGGAAGAACUUAUAAAAAGUUUUACUGAACCAAAUGUUUCCAUCAAUGAAAACUUCAGGCUGUUUUUAAGCUCCAUGCCAUCCAGAACCUUUCCCGUUACCGUUCUUCAGAACUCUGUGAAGGUUACGAAUGAACCUCCAAAAGGUCUCCGUGCUAAUAUCCGACGUGCGUUUACUGAAAUUACUCCAACAUUCUUUGAAGAGCAUCUUCUUGGAAGGACGUGGAGAAAAGUAAUUUUUGGGAUUUGCUUUUUCCAUGCCAUCGUUCAGGAAAGGAAAAAGUUUGGACCCCUUGGGUGGAACAUCUGCUACGAAUUUAGUGACAGUGACAGAGAGUGUGCCUUGCUCAAUUUAAACUUGUAUUGUCAGGAUGGGAAGAUACCAUGGGAUGCACUUACCUACAUUACAGGCGAAAUAACAUAUGGAGGAAGGGUAACGGAUGCCUGGGACCAGAGGUGUUUGAGAACGAUCCUUCGAAGGUUCUUUUCUCCAGAGACCCUUGAAGAGAAUUAUCGCUAUUCAAGCUCAGGCAUAUAUUUCAGUCCAGAUGCUGACAGCCUGCAAUACUACAAAGAAUAUAUUGAAAAUCUGCCCUUGACUGAUGACCCAGAAAUUUUCGGAAUGCAUGAAAAUGCCAAUUUAGCUUUCCAGCGCAAGGAAACCAGCACUUUAAUCAAUACUAUCUUGGAUGUCCAACCAAGGUCAGCUGCCCGGGGAGCAGGAAAAAGUAAUGACGAAAUUGUGAGCGAACUGGCAACCUCAAUCCUUUCCAAGCUUCCAGAUAAGAUGGAUAUGGAAGCUGCGUCUGAAUUGUUGUUUACUAAGGACUCCAAAGGACGUGUUAACUCUCUAACCACUGUGCUUGGACAGGAAGUAGACAGAUUUAAUAAUCUCCUCAAAGUUCUUAAAACCUCUCUAGAGACGCUUAAUAAAGCCAUAGCGGGUUUUGUGGUAAUGUCUGAGGAAAUGGAGAAAAUCUACAAGAGCUUCCUCAAUAAUCAAGUGCCUUCAUUAUGGGCUGACGCUGCAUAUCCAUCUUUGAAACCCCUGGGAUCCUGGGUAAAAGAUCUUGUGCUGAGGACAGCAUUUGUAGAUGCUUGGAUUCGAAUAGGGCAACCGAAAUCUUUUUGGAUCUCUGGUUUCUUUUUCCCCCAAGGUUUUCUGACAGGAACCCUACAGAACCAUGCUCGGAAAUAUAACUUGCCAAUAGAUGAGCUUAGCUUUCACUACAACGUUCUACCAUACUACAGAGAUCAAGCAGCUGUAAUAGAAGCUUUGAAGACUAUGAAGUUUGGAGAAGAAUUACCAAUGGAUUCACAGUUACCAUCACCGGAAGAUGGUGUGCUGGUGCAUGGGAUGUACAUGGACGCUAGUCGCUGGGACAAUGAGGAGAUGGUUAUAGAAGAUGCUUUACCGAGGCAAAUGAAUCCAAUGUUCCCAGUUGUGCACUUUGAGCCACGGCAGAACUAUCACCCGAGUCCCGCAUUAUAUCAAGCACCGCUCUACAAGACUGGUGCUAGGGCUGGCACUUUGUCCACAACAGGACAUUCUACUAAUUUUGUCGUCACUGUGCUUUUACCAUCAAAAAAACCCAGCGAUUACUGGAUAUCCAAGGGGUCAGCCCUUCUUUGCCAAUUAAAUGAAUGAGCUCACCAGAUGAUGUACCAACAGGGCCAACCAAAAAUCUGCUGUGAAUACAAAUAUGUUUUGUUUUACUUUUAAGUAUACAUUUUAAUUAAAUAACUUAUUUUGUUUUGUGUCA